AACGGAAAACCUCAUCCCGCCUGAUAACGCUCCCCCUUCGUCUCAACCUCCGAAUCCCUCUCAACUCGUCCUUCCACCACCCUCCCUCUCUCCACGCCCCUUGCCUCAUCCCCCUCUACCGACAUAGUUCAGAAUUGAUCCAUUUGCAAUAAUGUCGGCUGCUGUGGUUCUUGGUAGAGCUUCGUCACGCGGCGUUGCUGCUUGCUUGAAAUGUGGUGGUAUUAGGAGUGCUGGGUUAUUGAGACUGUAAGUUGUUUUUCCCUUUUUUUUCUCCUUUUCUUUACCGCAUUUUUUUGUUCCUUUCCUCUAUCAUCGUCUGGUUUUCCGGAACGAGAGGGAGAGUCUGUGUGAAGAAUCUUGGGUGCAAAGUCCGGGUGGUUGAUCCACCUGCCGAGAUUUUCACUGCUGGCGACAUGAGUAUCAAUUGAGGAAUCUACAGUAGCUUACAAUAUUUUUCUUUCCCUCUUCUCUAGUCGGAGUCAACCCCAAUUGCUUCCCUCACUGCUUUCUAGAUACUAUUCAUCAAAACGUAUUUCCCCACCUUGACCCGGCCCGGGAGGGAAAAGGUUGACGAAUUUCGAGUAGAAUACCCCCCUUAUACCGUUGUCACCAUGCCCGCUCUAUCCCCCACGAUGACUUCUGGGAAUAUUGGCCCAUGGCACAAGAACGUUGGCGAUGCCAUUGCUCCCGGUGACGCCUUGGCUGAGAUUGAGACGGAUAAGGCUCAGAUGGACUUAGAUUACCAGGAGGAUGGUAUCCUAGCUAAGAUCUUGAAGCCUACUGGCUCUAAGGAUGUUGCAGUUGGAAAUGUAGGUUCGAUUAUACACAUUGUGCAUAUACUACUUACUGUGAUAUCUGCGGGUCGCACGAUUUUCGCUCCGAUUAGUUAGGUGAUAAUGGCGUACUGAUAUGGUGUUCUAUAGCCGAUUGCUGUUGUUGUGGAAGAGGGGGUAGAUGUAUCCGCCUUUGAAGAUUUUACCGCCGAAAGUGCUGGAGGAGGGGCCCAGCCCCCCCCCUCCGCCCAAGGAGGGAUCUCUGGGCUCUUCCACUCCUCCCGUGUCUGAGGAGCCAACUUCGAGCGGUGGCAGACUAGAUACCGUCAUGGAACGUGACGGAAGAAUCAUUGCUACCCCUCUCGCGAAAAAGAUUGCAUUGGAGGAGGGAAUUGCGCUGAAAGGCGUAAAGGGGACCGGAGAAGGUGGUCGCAUUACCAAAGCUGACGUCGAGAACCACAAACGCACCGGAGCUUCUUCUGCGUCCAGCGCGCCCGCCACUGUGAGCACCGAUAUCCCGUUGACAUCCAUGCGCAAGACAAUUGCAUCUCGUCUCCAGGCUUCGAAGAACACCAACCCUCACUACUACGUCUCAGCCUCCCUCUCCGUGAGCAAGCUUCUCAAGCUCCGCCAGGCUCUCAAUGCCUCUGGCAAAGGAGAAUACAAGCUUUCCGUCAAUGACUUCCUAAUUAAGGCUGUAGCGAAUGCAUUGCUCAAAGCUCCUACUGUCAACUCUUCUUAUCGCGAAGAUGAGGGUGUCAUUCGUCAAUUCUCCACCGCCGACAUCUCUGUUGCUGUUGCUACCCCCGUUGGCCUUAUGACGCCCAUUGUCAAGAGUGCCGACGCCAGAGGUUUGGUUUCGAUCUCUAACGAGGUCAAGUCCCUUUCUGGGAGAGCUAGGGAUGGAAAGCUUAAGCCCGAGGAGUACCAAGGGGGUACUUUUACUAUCUCAAACAUGGGAAUGAAUCCUGCUGUUGAAAGGUUCACUGCCAUCAUCAACCCCCCACAGGCUGGCAUCUUGGCUGUCGGAACCGUUAAGAAGGUUGCCAUUGAGGGCCAAGAUGGAGGUGUUGAGUGGGAUGAGCAAAUGGUUGUUACUGGAUCCUUCGAUCACAGGUAAGCAAGAGGAUCGCCUCUCCGUAUGAAUUCAAUGAUUAAUUUUUUUUUUUUUGCACAACUAGGGUCGUUGAUGGUGCUGUGGCUGGAGAAUUCCUCCGAGAGCUCAAGAAGCUCAUUGAGAGCCCUCUGGAAAUGCUCCUAUAGGACACCCCCCCCCUCUUGCUCAAUCCUCACCCCCCUUUCCUUCACUUCGUCAAGUAGGUUAAUCUCAUGAAUUGGCGUGUCACGAACGAUUUUGCAAUAGACCAAGUAAACUAGUAACGACAACCAAAAGUAUGAUAUAUGAAUGUUGACAAUGGCGGGAGUGCGUUUUCUCGAUAUAGCUGUAUAGUUCAUCACGGUUUCCCUUUUUUCUUCCUUUUUUCUUUUCUUUUUUUUCUUCAGAUUUUCUUGCUUUUUUUUUCCCCUUCUUUUCUUUCGCAUUACCUUGUAUAUCAUUUCGCGUUCGGUUUAUGAUGUGAUGUGCUUUCAGCAAGCAGGACGGGAAUGGCGGUACCUUUUUUCCAUCUGCACGCCCGACGACAACACAUUAGCUCUGCCUUUUUCGUCACGUCAAAUGCUAGUGGUUAAACAGUCCGGCGAAUUGAUAUUAUCAUGGGGUUUCUUGGCCCUUGAAAAAGUGACAUUGGCACGGGGGAGGGUGAUGUGUCCUUUACUAUGUUUUGAGUUUAAGAACCAUAGGGUGGUCACUUAUUGCGGAGUGCAGUGAAGUGCUAGCCUCGCAACUGUUGUCCUUCACGGUGCGGCCGCCCAGAAACUUAGACUAUGGCAAUCCUCAUACCAUUUGCCUCUCCAUCAGAUUUAGACUGAGCUGGAGUUCGGAUAGCGGAAGUAAGGUUCUGCGGCUUAUGUAAAUUGGUGCGAAUUUCAGAAACAAAGUGCGAGCACAAGAGCAAAAGUUAGCAGAAGGUGGCCAUUCAGUCUCUGUGGCACCUUAGAAAAAUAAAAAAUAGAAUAACCUGCACGGCUGUCGAAGCUCUCUCUCUCU